UGUGUGUUGGGGGCGGGGGUGCCGCUCCUCUUCCAGAACCCAACGUGGAGGGGUGGGCAGGGCCCCAGCCGUGCCUGGGGAGUCCAGAGAGGCUCUUCCGGCUGCCGGGGCGGGCGCCGGCUCAGCCCUGGUGUGGCAGCCCGCACGUCACCCUCCUUGUGCCGGAGACUUUCCGCAGGGCGCCCCGAGACUUCUCCCACCCCAUCUCCUGCUGGCGUCUCCCGGGGCUCGCUCUGGGGCCCCAUCAGCUCUCCAAGCCCGCUCCUUCCUCCAUCCCCCUCUCUCGGGGCCCUCCCUCGGCUCCGGUCCCCUCCUUCCUUCCCCUCCCGCCCCCGCCCGCCUCCCCCCUUCUUCCCUCGCUCCCCCGUCGGCGUCCGCAUUCCGCGCUCGGCCGCGCGCGGCCGCCCCGCCACGAUGCUGCAGCUCCUCCGGCGGCUGCUGCUGCUGCUGCUGCUGCUGCUGCUGCUGCCUCCCCCGGGCUCCCCGGAGCCCCCCGGGCUGGCCUCGCUGUCCCCGGGGGCGCCCCUGCAGGCCCCCGACCUGCUCUACGCCGACGGGCUGCGCGCCUACGCGGCCGGGGCUUGGGCGCGGGCCGUGGCGCUGCUGCGGGAGGCGCUGCGGAGCCGGGCGGCGCUGGGCCGCGCGCGGCGGGACUGCGGGGCGCGCUGCGCGGCCGAGCCCGAGCCGGGGCCCCCCGACGCGCCGCGCCCCUGGGAGCCGCGGCUGCUGCGCGCCGCGCUCGGCCGCGCCGACUGCCUGACCCGCUGCGGGGCGCGGCGCCUGGGCCCCGGGGGCGCGGCGCGGUUCCGCCUGGGCAGCGCGCUGCGGGCCGCCUUCCAGCGCCGGGAGCCCUACAACUACCUGCAGCGGGCCUACUACCAGCUGAAGAAGCUGGAUCUGGCGGUGGCCGCUGCUCACACCUUCUUCGUAGCCAACCCAACGCACCUGCAGAUGCGGGAAGACAUGGCUAAGUACAGACGGAUGUCUGGGGUGCGGCCCCAGAGCUUCCGGGACCUGGAGACACCCCCACACUGGGCAGCCUAUGACACGGGCCUGGAGCUCCUUGGGAAGCAGGAGGCCGGCCUGGCCCUGCCCUGGCUGGAGGACGCCCUGAGGGAGAGCCUGGCCGAGCUGGAGGGCUGCCGGGCGGGCUGCGAGGGGUCCGAGGAACUGCAGCGCGAGGAGGACAGCGCUGGCGGCCAGGGGGGCCUCUAUGAGGCCAUUGCGGGCCACUGGAUUCGGGUCCUGCAGUGCCGGCAGCGUUGCGUGGAGGACACGGCCACGCGGCCCGGUCGCAGCUUCCCCGUCCCCGAUUUCCUGCCCAGCCAGCUGCGGCAACUGCACGAGGCGCAUGCGCAAGUGGGGAAUCUGUCCCAGGCUGUGGAAAAUGUUCUGAGCGUCCUGCUCUUCUAUCCGGAGGACGAGGCUGCCAAAAAGGCCCUGGACCAGUACCAGGCCCAGCUGGGAGAGCCGACACCGGGCCUUGGGCCCAGAGAGGAGAUCCAGCGCUUCAUCCUGCGGUCCCUGGGAGAGAAGAGGCAGCUCUACUACGCCGUGGAGCACUUGGGGGCGAGCUUCAAGGAUCCUGAUCCCUGGACCCCCGAGACUCUCAUCCCCGAGGUCCUCAGAGCAAAGCUCAGAGAGGAUCAGGAGAAGAGGCCUUGGGACGACGAGCCCCCCCAGCCCAAGCCUUUGGCGCACUGGAAGGAUGUCCUUCUCCUGGAAGGGGUGACCUUGACCCAGGACGCCAGACAGCUGAACGGGUCUGAGAGGGUGGUGCUGGACGGGCUGCUCACCGAGGCCGAGUGUGGGGAGCUGCUGCAGCUGGCCAAGGAUGCUGCAGGGACCGGAGCCCAUGGCCGCCGCUCCCCACACACUCCGCACGAACGCUUCCAGGGCCUCACAGUGCUCAAAGCUGCGCAGCUGGCCCGGGCCAGGACGGUGCGGGGCCAGGGCGCGCGGCUGCUGCUGGAGGCGAGCGAGCGGGCGCGCACCGUGACACAGGCUUACUUCUCCCCGGAGCGACCCCUGCACCUCUCCUUCACCCACCUGGUGUGCCGGAGCGCCAUCGAAGGAGAGCAGGCGCAGCGCAUGGACCUGAGCCACCCGGUGCAUGCCGACAACUGUGUCCUGGACCCCGACACCGGGGAGUGCUGGCGGGAGCCCCCAGCCUACACCUACCGGGACUACAGUGGCCUCCUCUACCUCAACGAUGACUUCCGGGGCGGGAAUCUGUUCUUCACAGAGCCAGAUGCUGUCACCGUGACGGCUCAGGUCCAGCCUCGCUGUGGACGGCUCGUGGCCUUCAGCUCUGGCGGCGAGAACCCUCACGGGGUGUGGGCCGUGACGCGGGGCCGGCGCUGCGCCCUGGCCCUGUGGCACACGUGGGCACCUGAGUACCAGGAGCAGGAGUGGACUAAGGCGCAAGAGCUUCUGAAAGCAUCCGAGGAAGAGGAGGACGAGGAAGAGGAGGAGGAGGAGGAGGAGGAGGAGGGAGAAACGGCCAGCAAAGACCUUUCCCCAGAGCCCCCCAGCCGCCGACUCCCGAAGACCCACAAUGAGGCUGGGAAGCGGGCGCGGGUUCGAGAGGAGCUGUGAGGGCCGAGCCAGUUCCAGGUGGUUCUGGUCACCUGGUCACGUCCAAGACUCCCCCUGGAGGCCCCCGAAACAGGGAACAGAAACAGAGAUUCUCCCGGCAUUCCCAGCCUCUCAGACUUGACCAAAGCUUUCCCGGCCUGGACUCAGAGGACCCCAGAUGCACCCAGAGAUCAUCGGGCGACCCACCGGCAGCCCCCCAGCUCCUCUACAGACAUGGCAGUGCGCCCCCCUGGAGAGAAAGCGGGGGGGGGGGCUGGAGUGGGGAGAUGGGCAGUUUGGAGGCCACAGCUGGUGGUGUCCAGGGACUGCUUCCUGCACAGUACUUGGGGUGACUCCUCGGACCCCUAACUUCAGCACCCCUCCAGCCCCGUGAUUCAUCUCUCGGGCCCGGGCCUGGCCCGGGGGGAGGGUACUGGACGGGGGACCCUCCCUCCCUCCCUCAAUAAAAGGACCUGGACG